ACAAACUUCAGGCAAGUUCACGGGCAUGGUACCCAUUUCAAAUAAUACAUUCCGUACAUUCCCAUACAAAUUCAUAUGCGGUAACCACAGAUUUAAGGGCGUACCUAGUCAAACGCAGCGACGGCGAGACUUGACGCCAUAUUUGGACGGAUAGAUCAUAUACCGCACUUAAAAGAACUAUGAACACUCGCGCGCAUAAAAGCAGCGCUUCCUAACAAAAGCUGCUCCCUUCCCCCUUCCCUCUGUCUGCGGCCGUGCUGUUCUUCCGCUUCUACUCCGAUCUCGACUUCACUCGAAAAAGAGAAGAAGAGUAGGACAGAGAAGAAGAAGAAGAAGAAGAAGAAGAACAAGAAGGAAGAGAAGGAAAGAAGGCAUUCUCGUACGAAGCCUCGGGUUCUUCUCCAAUGGAGGUGGUUACUGGUGCGGCGCCGCCGGAAACCCUUGCCUCCUCCUCCUCCUCCUCGGGGGCGGCGAAGGAAGCGCAGAGGGUGCGGAGAUGGGAGGUCGACACCUCGGCACCCUUCGAGUCGGUGAGGGAGGCCGUGGAACGCUUCGGGAGGAGAGCCCCUUGGAAGCCGCAGCUCGGGCCGGUCAUCCUCCCUCCCGAGGAUCUUGAGCUUAUGAAAGUGGAGGAACAGACUGUAAAGUUAGAGAUGGAUCUUAUUGUGAAGGAAAGAGAAACGUUUAAUGUGUUGAAAGAACUUGAAAUGACGAAAAGGAUUGUAGAUGGCUUAAAGUUGAGAUUACAGAAAGAAGCCUCGGAAGUCACUAAAAUUCUAGACAAAUAUUCAGAUAGUAUUAAGGUACAUCCAAUUCUAGAUGCUGAAGAAAAAUGGCCCAUGUAUUUUGAGAACCUUGUAGAUUCGGUAGGUCAAAAUAUAGGUACUAAGCAAUCUCCAGGAUUAAUUUUAAUGAAAUUGAAGCAGGCAAAGUUCAAUCUGAACAGGACUACUAGCGGUUUAGCUGGGAUACGAUCUUCCAUUGAAAAGCUAAAGAGGGAAAUAAAGGAGGAGAGACAUUUGCUUGAGAAAACCCGUGAAAGAUUGAGUUCAAAUACUGAUAAGGUCUCAUGCCUAGAAGAAGAUCUAAAUAAGACAGUGAAGGCACUACAAUUAUUUAAAGAUGCAAAGAGUAUGCACUGCGAAAAACCUUCGGAUACAUUGAGUUGGAUCAAAGAACUGAGUUCUGAGAAGGAGAAGUUUCAAAAGAUGACAGAAGCUGCCAAAUCUGAAAUUUCAAAAUUGACUGCUGAAAUUGAACAAACGAAGUCAAGAAUAAAGACUGCCGAGGUCAGGUGUCUUGUAGCCAAGAAGAUGGAAGAGGCAGCCAAAUCAGCAGAAGCUGUUAUCCUUAAGGAAAUCAAAACCUUAAGAGACAAUGAGCAUUCAGUUGCGGUUCUUCAAAAUUCUUCUGAAGUCACACUUCCAGUUGAAGAAUAUGCCAUGCUGAUUCACAAGGCUAAUGAGGCUGAUCAAAUUUCGAGAAGGAAAAUUGGAGCUGCUAUGCUUGAGGUAGAAGAAGCAAAGCAGUCUAAACUGGAACUACUAGAAAAGGUCGAUGAAGCUAUAGCAGAUGUUGAAACCAGUAGGAAGGCGUUAGAAGAGGCCCUAGAGAGGGAAGAGGCUGCAAACAGAGAGAAGUUUGGUAUUGAAGAAGCUCUUCGAAUAUGGAGGUCCGAACAUGGUCAGAAGAGGCGCGCUGUGAUUAACUCUACAAAAUUCAAGAACUACUCUUCAACACCGCAUAGAAGAGGCUCACAGAUGCUUGAUGUGAAUGGCUUGAGUUUGGUUACUGGUGGGUCAAGGAGCAUGGUAGGGCCAACAUUGUCAAUUGGGCAGAUACUGAGCAGGAAGCUUAUGGCCCAUGAAGAUUUUGAGACACAUGUAGCCGAGAAAAUCAAAGGAAAGCCUAAGGUUUCUCUGGGUCAAAUUCUAAGCAAAAAACAUGAUUUUUUAUCUCCCCUAAGGAUAGAUGAUGGUACCACUCACAAGAAUUUCUCUGCAAAGAGGAAGAAGUUUGGUUUUGCUGGUUUCUCACUUCUCUUGGCGAAACAAAAUAAAAAUAAAAGGAAGAAGAAGAAGCAGGCUUGGAAUCCUCAACUAAGCUAUAUUGUCAAGCACGAGUAGCUGUUCGUGGCUUCAGCUUUUGUGGAACAACUAUUUCUGAGAACAAGAAUUUAAUCUUAUUGCUUCUGUUCUCUGUAGAUUGCAACUUAGCUUCAGUGCUUGUAGGUCUGAACUUUUUGUGUAAAUCUCAUGCUCAGUAUAUGUAGAAGCUGGUACUUGGGCUGUGAAAAGCGAAACCAGUUUCUUGCUCGUACGACUUGGAAUAAAAUGAUGGGUAUCUUUAGUUA